GACUCGGAAUCGGCAAUUAAUUAAUCAAACCUACCCAUUCAGCUCGUUAAAGCUUUCUCAUUGGCGUGCAUUCAUCACCUAUCUCCCCUCCCUUAAUUCCCAAGAAAGAAACAAUUUAAACACACUGACAAAAAAAGAAAAAUAAGCAGCAAAUUAAUUAUAAAUACUAUAGAAAAGAACACAAAUUCUCAAAGGAGAAUUUUUUUUGGGAAUUUUCUCAAAUUUUUGGGUUUCGAUUAGAGAAAUCAAAGUGGGUUUUGAGUUCAAAGAAUAUAUAUAGACUCAUGACAUCAACAACUUUGAGGAGAAGGCUACAUCAUGGGGAUGUUGGUGGCAAAAAGAAUGAGCAUUUUGAUUCUUUGGGCUCUGAUGAUGGUUUAAAUGAGCCUUUACUUGGGUGUAAUAAAUAUGAUGACAGUGAUCAGGUAUGUACACUCGAAGAUGUGUUGGAUGAAGGGCGAAGGCAGGAACGCCUGCACUGGACGCUGCUAUUUUCUCAUCUGAUUUCUCAAUGGGCGCAAUGGUUAGCAAAUAUUGUCUUUGUGUCUGGGUCACUUCUUGGCCGGAUUUUUCCCUUUGCCUCAGCAACUCAAGCUGGAUCAACAGCAAAUCUGUUACCUCCUUUACUUAGCCCUUUACAGGAAGCAAGGCUGAAACAUCUCAAGGAAAGGCUAGCAAUCCCUUUUGAUGGCUCUUUCUUGGAUCAUCAAGAUGCUCUUAGGCAACUAUGGAGGUUAUCAUAUCCUGAUAGGCCACUUCCAUCUCUUAAAUCUGAGCUUUGGAAAGAAAUGGGUUGGCAAGGAUCUGACCCUUCAACAGACUUCAGGGGUGGAGGAUUCAUAUCAUUGGAGAACCUUAUCUUCUUUGCCAAGACAUACCCGGAAUCGUUCCAGAACUUGUUGCACAAAAGAAAGGGGAAUAGAUCUGAGUGGGAGUAUCCAUUUGCUGUAGCUGGCAUCAAUAUAUCAUUUAUGUUGGUCCAAAUGUUGGAUCUUCAAUCAGGGACACCAAGCACCCUGGCAGGUAUCCGCUUCCUAGAAUUACUCAGCGAGGAUGACAUGGCGUUUGACAAACUGUUUUGUAUCGCCUUUGAAAUGCUCGACGCACAGUGGCUAGUGAAGCGUGCAUCAUAUAUGGAAUUUAAUGAUGUUUUGAAGGCCACAAGACUGCAGCUAGAGCGCGAGCUUGCUCUUGAAGAUACCUCUACUGUAAAAGAUUUGCCUGCCUAUAAUCUAUUGAGGAGAUAAUGUACUUACUUCAAGAUGUUAGUUUUUUUCUAAUUUUUACACCUGUGUACACUACACCAUGUUGAAGAUUCUCUCCCUUGGAAAUAAAAACCAAGUGCAUUAUGUUUGCUGGAAAGUUCUGUUGUACAUAAUAUAGAGUUGAGACAAAUGUUCUGGUUUU